GCCCUGGCCCGUGAGCGGUGUCACACUCAAGAUGGCUGAUGGGCCCGGCCGUUUCCCGGGCCAACAUGGCUUCCGCACCCAGCCAGGCCACUCCUAAGAUGGCCGCGUCGCCCGGCCGUGGCCUGGGCCGCUCCCAAGAUGGCGCCGGGGCCCCUCCCCGUGUUUUGAAUAAACUUUAUUGGGAGGCUGGAGCCGGAGCAGGAUCCUGGGGCCUGGCCAGGCCGAGCGGGACCGGACCGGGCCUGGAGAGACCCCCCCGCGGGGCCUGGGCGGGGAGACCCCCGGGCUGCAGGAGGGAGGCCCCCCGCUCUAGGCCGCAGGGAGGGGCUGUGGGGUGACCCCGGGGGGUGCAGGGGGCGGGGAGACCCCCCCGGGCUCAGGCUCACUUGGGGGUCAGUGGCCGCAGGGCAGGGCACCCCGAGGGGGCACGUGCUCUUUUGGGGUGCCGCGGGGACCCCACUUGACCCCUAGGGUUUUUUGGGGGGGUCGGGACUGAUUUGGGGGGACCCCGGGGGUGUUCGCCCCCCUGGGCUGGGCUCUGGCAGGGGCGCGGGGCCCCCCACGUCCCCUGCCCCCCGGCUGGUCCUGAGGGGGCGUCAGCCCUUUGUGGGGGGCAGCCAUGGCCUCGGUGCCCGUCUACUGCCUCUGCCGCCUGCCCUACGACGUGACCCGCUUCAUGAUCGAGUGCGACACCUGCCAGGACUGGUUCCACGGCAGCUGCGUCGGGGUGGAAGAGGACGCGGCCGCCGACAUCGACCUGUAUCACUGCCCGAACUGCCAGCUGGCGCAUGGCCCCUCCGUCAUGAAGCGGCGCCGUGGGCCCCCGAAGCAGCAGGACGCGGGGCUGAGAGAGGCGGGUGCCGCGGUGCGGACGGGCAGCGCCCAAUUCAUAAAGGAGCUUCGGGCCCGGACGUUCCCCAGCGCGGAUGAGGUGAUCCUGAAGCCCAGUGGGGCGCAGCUGACGGUUGAGUUCCUGGAGGAGAACAGCUUCAGCGUCCCCAUCCUGGUGCUGAAGAAGGACGGGCUGGGCAUGACGCUGCCCCCCCCGUCCUUCACCGUGCGGGACAUCGAGCACUAUGUGGGGCCCGACAAAGAGAUCGACGUGAUCGACGUGAGCCGCCAGGCCGACUGCCGCAUGCACUUGGGCGACUUCGUCGGCUGUUUCUGCGCCGCCCGGCGGGACAAGGUGCUGAAUGUCAUCAGCCUGGAGUUCUCCGAGAGCCGGCUGUCCAACCUGGUGGAGACGCCGAAGAUCGUGCGGAAGCUGUCGUGGGUGGAGAACCUGUGGCCGGGCGAGUCGGUGUUCGAGCGGCCGAGCGUGCAGAAGUACUGUCUGAUGGGCAUGCAGGGCAGCUACACCGACUUCCACAUCGACUUCGGGGGCACCUCCGUCUGGUACCACGUGCUGUGGGGCGAGAAGAUUUUCUACCUGGUGCGGCCCAGCCCAGCCAACCUGGCCCGGUUCGAGGCCUGGAGCAGCUCGUCCAACCAGAGCGAGACGUUCUUCGGGGACCAGGCCGAGCACUGCUACCGAUGCCCCCUGCGCCAGGGCCAGACGCUCUUCAUCCCCACGG